GUCACAUCCAUAAGGGUGAAGACGAGGAAAAGCAGACGGAAUGUGCAUUCGACAGCCUCAUUGGUGCUGCCUAUCUUGCCCGCGGCAGCUUAGAAACAGGUUUGGCAACCCAAGAGUGCAGCGAGAUCAAGAAACUCUCUCGGGAGCUGAUCGAAGAGCUGCGAAAAAUUCAUUCAGACGAGCGGAAAUUGAACCUUCCAUUUCCCGAGGACUUGCCUAACGAGCACGAUCCGCAGAACGCCUCCGCUGAGGUGGACCGCGCUGUAGCCAGAGCCAAAGAUGUGCUGAGCAGCCUGCAUUUGAAGCACAUUACAAACAGUUCUUCCGGAGGACUUACUAUCCGUUCCAUGAACUCCAGUCGACUGCGGCGGCUCUCUGAAGAGGAGGAAAAGGAAGAAGAACUGCGAGAGGGACCAGGCAAGAGGAGCUGCAAGAGGUCACUAGACCAAACAAGUGGAUCUUCAAGUUCAAAUCAGAAUUCCGGUGCGUUGUCCGAUUGGCUACCUGGUGCUACUGUCCAAACUUUGGCUGAGACCUAUGUGAGCUACAUCAUUGCUGUUCUUUCCUGCCUUUCCCAGCGUGGAAGCAGUCAAGGGAUUGAUGAGCCAGCGGCCUCAUGUUGGGCACAAGAGUCGCCAAAGCUGUCUAUUACUCGAAGUGCGGAUUGGCGCGCGAAACCUUGGGUAGCCGCACGGCAUGGCACCACUGCUACCUUCUUGGAAGUCGUGCAGUUGCUUCAGCUCCAUCUUCCAGUUCCAUCUCAAGAGCCGUUGUUGUGGUCCUUCUCAAGUCGUCCUUGGUUUGCAGUUGCGUAUUUUCUCUUCGGUCGUUUGCGGAGCAGUGACUUUGUGAAUUGGCUGCAGCAAUGGGACACUUGGAGAAGCGCGCGAAGCAAUGCGGUUCUUCUAGACACAAAGCUCGCCUUUGAGGCCGUGAGCGAGCUAUGCAUGAAGUUGAUGCCCAAAGAGUUUGUUGUGCGGAAGAGAGGUGAAUCGAGGUGGCAUCCCGUGGCCUUGCCGUCGCACAAGUUUUGCGCCCCGCGGAGGGUCCAGUUGAAUUUGUGCAAGCUUGCGCAAGUCUGCAAGAGUUUGUACACCGGUCACUUGGUGAAGCCAAGGCAGUUCAGCUCGUUCCCGGUCUCUAUUUCAGUGCCAGGCGCAGGGUGGGCUGCAGAGGGAUUGAAAAGGAAAGCGGAGAGCAGCAAAGAAGGCAUGCACACCGCCGAACGCCUGGUGUGCAGUGAAGGUUUGGAGCGCUUAAGUCCCAGGGACUUAAGCACGCCGAACGGGCCGGAGGAGCGCCCGCGGAGUGGUUUGGAGCGCUUAAAUCCCUGGGACUUAAGCACGCCGAACGGUAGCCAGACCGGGAAUCCGGAUGGGCUGGAUACCUACCGUUCGGCGUGCUUAAGUCCCAAGGAUUUAAGCGCUCCAAACCUCUCCGCGGGCGACGAAGAAGUCAAGUCAGAUGCUGCGCUCAGCGGGAAAGCAGCCAGAAAUAGUUUCCAGGCAGUAGCUGAGGUUUGCCUGGAAGCUCUUGCCACGCUGCAACAGAAAAGAAGAAGGAAGAUCUUCGCCAAGCCACAGACGACUGAAGCUGUUUGGAGUCAUGGACACCUCCGCUAG